AUGGAUUAUGAUUCUCUUUAUUUAUUAUUGCCUAAAGAACCCAAGAAAUGGCAAGUGUCUGAUGUUGUUAUUUGGCUCUAAUUCAUUGGACUAGGUUAGAUGGAGGACAAGUUUGGUAUUUUUGUAUCCAAAAUUCUAUAAUAGUGAAUUGUUCAAUCGAUGGCUCCAUUCUAGAAGAAAUAACAGAGAACGAUUUGGAAGAAGAAUUGGGAAUCAAUUAGAAAAUAAUCAAAAAAAAGUUAAUGAAUUGUAACCAUUAUCUAAUUGGUAGGGAUAACAACAGGAUUGAAGGAAUAUAGCAUAUAUUUAAGUUAAAUCAAGAUAAAUACCAUUAAAAAAUAGCCAAAUGAAGAAUUCACUCUAUAAAAGAAUGUAAAUGCUUGUUAAGACAAAUAAUGCUAAUCAAUUAUUAAUCAAUAUGAUGAGUUAUAUAGUUCUUAGAAUAAAGUAACCAAUUUAAUUGAAAAUCAACUCAUCCUAUAACCUUUAGAGAGUUAAUAAAACAAUUUCUAUUGUGUCAAAUAGGUUGGGGCAAAGAUUGGAAGACAUUCAAGUAAUCAAAUUCUUAUUUUGGAAGAAAAUAUUAGUAGAUUUCAUGCUGAGAUUACUUACCAAGAUUCCAAGGUAUAUAUAUUAAUAAUGGUUAUUUAUAGUUUUAUAUUAAAGAUAUAGGAAGCACUACAGGAACAUAUAUAAAAAUUUAAAAACGAAUGAAUCUCUUCUUAGAUAUGCUCAUUGAACUUGGUAGUAAUUUGUUUUAAGUUACUCAACUUGAAGAGGUCUCCAAUGGCAUUCAACUUGGACUCCUUGUUCUUGAAGGACCAAACAGCGAAGAACAAAUUAGUUUUCAUCUUAAUCAAGACAAAACUUCAGUCAAUUUUGGUAGGAAGGCUAAUGCCGAUAUUGCAUUUCCUGAAGAUCAUCAUCUUUCAAAUUUGCAUGCUAAAUUUUAUUUAGUUGACAAAAAUGUAACUAUAGAAGAUCAUUCCUCUACUAAUGGGUAUAUUUAAAUUUAUUAAUUGUUUUUAGCACUUGGUUAAGACUAUCUGCUGAUGGACAACCCAGUUCAAUUUAUCCACUUACCUUAGAUGAUGAAAUGACUGUCAUCAGGAUUGGAACAGUUAAUUAAUAUCUUUGCCAAUUAGAUAAAUUCAGUAUAAAUUAUAAUGAAUACAAUUUUUGUACAUUGUGUCAUGAAAAUGAACGAGAUGCACUUUGUCUUCCUUGUAAGCAUAAUUCUACUUGUUUCAAAUGUAGUAAAAAUUUGUAAUUAUGUCCAAUUUGCAAAAUGAAGAUCUCAUAGCAAAUUAGAAUUUACAAAAAUUGA